UUCUCGUGCCCGAUCACCAUGGAAGUGAUGAGCGACCCUGUGACCUCCUGCGAUGGUCACACCUACGAGCGGUCCAGCAUUGAGACCUGGUUCAGACAGAAUGCCUCCAGCCCCCUCACUGGUGCUGUCCUCGGCUCCAAAUCCCUCCUUCCCAACAUUGCUCUGAAAAAUGCGAUCCAAGAGUGGCACACGCAGAAUGCA